AAAAGAUAAUAAUAAAACAAAAAACACCAAGUGUUCUUCUACCCAUAUCUUUUUUUUUCUUUCUAUAUAUAAUCAUUCUCUUUGCUGAUACCUCAACUCCAUCUCAGUUUUUGCAGAGAGGAGAGGAGGCAUUACCCUCUCAAGUUCGUUCAUUGUUUUUGUUUGCAGAGAGUCUAAGGGAAAGAGAAAAUGGAGAUUUUCUACUAUUUGGUGUUUGGGGGAUUGGGAGCUGUGGUGGCAGCAAUAGAGCUGAGCAAAAACAACAAGGACCGAACCAACACCUCGCCUGCUUUCAAUUCUUUCAAGAACAAUUACCUUCUUGUUUACUCUCUCAUGAUGGCCGGGGAUUGGUUGCAGGGUCCUUAUGUCUACUAUCUCUAUAGUCAGUAUGGUUUUGGGAAAGGGGAGAUUGGACAGCUUUUUAUUGCUGGGUUUGGGUCCUCAAUGUUGUUUGGGACAAUUGUUGGAUCUCUGGCUGACAAACAGGGUCGAAAGAGAGCAUGUGUGACAUACUGCAUAACAUACAUACUGAGCUGCAUCACCAAGCAUUCUCCUCAUUACAAGGUUUUGAUGUUGGGCCGUGUUUUGGGAGGUAUCGCCACUUCUCUUCUAUUCUCAGCUUUUGAGUCAUGGCUUGUAGCAGAACACAACAAGAGGGGCUUUGAACAACAAUGGUUGUCCAUCACAUUCUCAAAGGCAAUAUUUCUUGGAAAUGGUCUGGUUGCCAUUGUUGCUGGGUUGUUUGGUAAUGUACUUGUUGAUUCCUUGUCUCUUGGUCCUGUGGCACCCUUCGACGCUGCUUCGUGCUUUCUUGCCAUUGGUAUGGCCAUCAUUUUAUCAUCCUGGACAGAGAACUAUGGUGAUCCUUCUGAGAACAAAGACUUGCUUACUCAAUUCAGGGGUGCUGCUGUAGCCAUUGCUUCUGAUGAGAAAAUCGCAUUGCUUGGCGCAAUACAGUCACUGUUUGAAGGUUCGAUGUACACCUUUGUGUUUCUCUGGACUCCUGCUUUGAGCCCUAAUGAAGAGGAAAUCCCUCAUGGUUUCAUCUUUGCAACAUUUAUGUUGGCUUCAAUGUUGGGAAGCUCCCUCGCAUCUCGGUUGAUGGCUAGAUCAUCACUCAGAGUAGAGAGCUACAUGCAGAUUGUUUUUGCAGUCUCUGCCGCCUCUCUCCUGCUUCCUAUUCUGACAACUUUCCUGGUUGCUCCUUCCCAGGCGAAAGGCGGAAGCAUCUCAUUUUCGGGCUGUGUUCAACUUCUUGGCUUCUGUGCUUUUGAGGCUUGUGUAGGGAUAUUCUGGCCAUCCAUCAUGAAAAUGAGGUCCCAGUACAUUCCUGAGGAGGCCAGGAGCACCAUCAUGAACUUCUUCCGCAUUCCUCUCAAUAUUUUUGUGUGCAUUGUGCUGUACAAUGUUAAUGCAUUCCCCAUCACAAUUAUGUUCGGCAUGUGCUCAAUCUUCCUCUUUGUGGCAUGUAUCUUGCAGAAGCGGCUCCUGGUGAUUGCCGAGAAGCCAAAGACAGAAGAUUGGACAACAUUGAAGGAAAGGGAUACUGAGGCAGAGCCAUUAAACAUCUGAGUCAUUUGAGCUGACAGACAACUAGGAAUUCUUGGGAGGUCGAAAACCACCACCGUUUUCAUUCCGCUUACUGUUUGAUUGAUGAAGCAUUCAUUUUAAUAGGGAAGGCUAAUAUUGUAUAAGAUAGUGAUCUGCCAAGCAAAGGUAGAGAGGGCUUGGGUGAAGGGUUAUGUAAUCUCUGCGAUUGUAUUUUGGUUGUCAUUAAAUCAAAAUGGUAGUGCAUUAGUUACCUAUUCAAGUAUUCUUCUGGGGAGGAAAGAUCUACUCUUGUGAAGCACAUUGAAACUGCACUUGAUGGGAUCUCUCUUUUAACUUGGAUAAUGUGUAGAUGCAUUUUAUAACCAACUUUA